AUCAUCCUUCUCUUCUCUGUUCCAGUUACAAAUGAGUCUCCCAAUGAGUUUAGAAAGUUUUUAAAGACCAACAUCAUGUAAAAGUGCUUGUAAAACAUUGCUAAGGAGAAGGCUCUGCACACCACACUUCACCUGCAAUUGUUUCCUGGUUAUAAGAGACACAAAAACAGACGAGCUGAAUCACAUCUGGUGUAGGAGAUCGGUAUAACUUCACAGCGUGAAAUUCUGAGAGCUGAAAUGGAGGAAUUUGACUACAUUUACCCUGAUUACUCUAAUAUGACCGACUGGUGUGAGGGGGUUGCAAACUGCACCCCUUUAGUGCUCCCCACUAUAUCCCCACUGUCCAGCAUUGGCUCUCGGCAUUGGAUCACUCUGGUCUGCUACCUCAUUGUGUUCCUGCUGGGUGUCCCGGGGAAUGCUCUGGUGGUGUGGGUGACCGCGUUUCGAAUGCCGAACAAUGUGAACGCACAGUGGUUUCUGAAUCUGGCCAUCGCGGAUCUGCUGUGCUGCUUGUCGUUGCCUCUCCUCAUGGUGCCACUCGUCCAGGACCAGCACUGGCCUUAUGGUGCUUUGGGUUGCAAAAUACUCAGCGGUUUGCUCUACAUGAUGAUGUACUGCAGCGUUCUGCUCCUGGUCGUGAUCAGCUUGGACCGUUUCCUACUGGUGACCAAACCAGUGUGGUGCCAGAACAACAGGAACACGAGGCAGGCCCGCUGCGUCUGUUUGGUCGUCUGGAUUCUCGCUCUCCUCGCUGGUUCCCCUCAGUUUGCUCACAUGGAGAUACAUGAAGUGAGCAAGACUAAGAUUUUAUGCCAUGGCAAAUACAAUGGCUUAGGUCAUGCAUGGUCCGUAACUCUUACCCGCUUUUUUCUGUCUUUUCUGCUGCCUUUCCUGAUCAUCUGCAUCAGCCAUUGGAAGGUUUACCUCAAGACAAGCUCUGGCCGAGGGCAAAAAGGCAGCGACAAGUCAGGCCGGGCGCUACGUGUCAUCCUGGCAUUGGUGCUCAGCUUCUUCCUAUGUUGGAUUCCUUUGAACAUUGUUGAUAUUCUUCAGUUAAUAAUGCAAAGCCAACCCCAUCACAUUCAAGCCAACUUGCAUCUAGCCAGUGUGCUGACGCUUUGUUUAGCUUACAUUAACAGCUGCCUGAACCCGCUGCUAUACGUAUGUCUUGGCCGCGGUUUUAAGGAAAAUCUGAUUAGCUCACUGCGAAGUGUGUUUCACUUAGCAUCCGAGGCACCGCCCCAUCGAAUCAGCAUGACUGCAAACAGUAAAUCAACCACAGACGGGUUCAGAGAGGAGCCAAUCUAUUCAAAUACCAUCCCCAGGAAUCAUUUGUAGGUUUAUAGAAAUAAACCUACACAUUGGACAUGCUGCUCAACUAAGAUGAACAAACUUGUUCACCAGUAACCAGUAGGCUAUAGUAAAUCUCUCACCUGUCAUAGUUAAUCAAAAACAGCAGAGCACAGUUCACUAUGUUAACAUGCACUUAUUUUCACUAAUCAAAAUUAAUCCAGUUUUAAUUCAGAUUCUGGAAGUUGUGUUUAUAUGAGCACUAAACCUUAUAGUCUGAUUCACAUAUAUUUGUUUAUAUGCACACUGCACCUGUUGCGAACAAAACUUAAAGUGCAUGAAACAGAGAAAGCCACUACAAGAAUGUUGCAAUCGUCCUAUCUGUAAGCCCCGCCCACUUAGUUAAUGUUGCGAACUCGGACAAACAGUUGCUGAGUCCCAAUUCGCCUACUUAUACUACGACCUAAAAGUAUGUAUUUUUUUUUUGUGAGGGAAAAGUACAUACUUUUGAGUGUGUAGCAAAAGAGUAUGCACGCUCUGGGACAUACUUCUAUGACGUCAUGCAACAUGAAUGACAACGUGGUUGACUAGUUACGCACACCACAACUGUUAACGUUUCAUUCAUUCUUUAUGUCCAAUAAAAUUUUAUUUACUAUUCCCAUCAUUUUUUCUCAUCGUUUUUUUUCACAAUACAUAUUUCUAUGUGUGUUUCUACCAAGUUGAGGAGUGAGGAAGCAAGGCUGCGUCGUAGAACCAAACGCAGGACGUUUGUGAGGCGGCUGGUUCUGAAGUUCAUGUGCAAUGUGUGUAACGAAAUAAAAUAUAACUUUAAUUAGGGUUAAACAUUUGAAUUCUCACACUUAAAAGCUGAGGGCGCAUCUCCGCUGCUGCACCCGGCUGCCAUGUUUAUAUCACCACAAAGCCAUCGCAAAGCUCCUCCCUCCCGUACGCAAUGGGUUGUGGGCAAUAUUAGCACUUAGAGUGUGCAUUGAUCUGCACUUCGAAUUCUAACCGGAAAUAGUAGACCAUCCGGGUAUCUUUGGAAUACUAUUUUCAACAUACUACGAUUUGGGACGUACUAAUUCUAGUUUCGCAUACUAUUUAGGACGGAUAGUAUGCGAAUUGGGACUCAGCAAGUGUUUCUAACUGUCUUACAAUGACAGCUGUCAGUGUGAAAACCUUUGUAUCUUUCGAUACAUUUUGGACACAGAAAGACCACCAUUCAAAAGCAACUUAAAUAUUCAAAGGAGAGAUAUGAAAUAUUUUAAAAUUAAUAUGAUAAUGUGUGAGUAUUAAUUUGCAAGCGAGGGUUUACAGAUCACAAUGCAAGCGGAAAAAGCCUCAUGUUACGUUCGUCACGAUCACAGACAACAACAACCCGGAUCAAUGCUGUUUAUCUGUCACAGGGUGCGAUUACAUUAAUUUACAUUUAACCAGUUUAAUAUAAGAGACAGUGAAAUGUAGACCUUCACUUAUGUUUUUAUUUUUUUGUCCUACACUGUACACGACGUGAGAACAGUCCGCUAUUUAGAUUUGUACGCUUUCUUCUGGAUUAAAUACAACAUAGUUGAUUAGCACAGAAAGUAGUUUUGGCUGUUUGUAAAUUUGGACAAAAACGCAGUUACACACUUAUGGAAGCCAUAUUGUGAAUGUAGGCUUCCACACCAAAAUAAAUGUUAACAACAAACUGUAUCAAAGGUGCACACAUAACAAUUAAUGUAAACUUUCGAUGUGUUUUAUUUUGUUCUUCGCAUUUGUAAAAUGCCUGCUGCUCAUGAGCUUGACUAACAAGUAAGGGCCAGUAAACAGUGAGUGUUAAAACUGAAUUUGGCAAGCUAGUGCUGAGACUCCCAGCCGUGAGCUGUGGCUUUUGGUGUAUAUGGGUGAGUUUCGAGGCCACAUAUGUAUAUUCACCUGCAGCUUCUUAAAAAAAAUUCCACAAUAACUUUCUGUUUCUGACAUAAAUCAACACAGAAUUAAUGGCAAAUUCAUAUAUUGUUACAAAGUAUUCAACUAUUAUGGACACUCUAGUUACCUCAGCAAAUAAACAUGAACGAUCAUCUCUUCCUCUUUACUUCUAGUUACCUCAGCAAAUAAACAUGAACGAUCAUCUCUUUCACUUUACUUCUAGUUACCUCAGCAAAUAAACAUGAACGAUCAUCUCUUUCACUUUACUUCUAGUUACAUCAGCAAAUAAACAUGAACGAUCAUCUCUUCCUCUAUACUUCUAGUUACCUCAGCAAAUAAACAUGAACGAUCAUCUCUUCCUCUUUACUUCUAGUUACCUCAGCAAAUAAACAUGAACGAUCAUCUCUUCCUCUUUACUUCUAGUUACCUCAGCAAAUAAACAUGAACGAUCAUCUCUUUCACUUUACUUCUAGUUACAUCAGCAAAUAAACAUGAACGAUCAUCUCUUCCUCUAUACUUCUAGUUACCUCAGCAAAUAAACAUGAACGAUCAUCUCUUUCACUUUACUUCUAGUUACAUCAGCAAAUAAACAUGAACGAUCAUCUCUUCCUCUAUACUUCUACUUACCUCAGCAAAUAAACAUGAACUAUCAACUCUUUCUUUUUACUUCUAUGAAUACCAUAAAUCAUGGCAAACUUAUGGCUAAACAUUGAUUUUGAAAACCAUAGGUAAAUUAUUUUAAAGCUAAAAUGUUGUCUGAAUAUGGGUUAGCAACCUAACUGCACUACAAGUCUAAAUAUAAUAGCACUCCAUGGCAACUGAAAACAAAAGCUGAGCAAUGAACAUAAUUCAUGUGCUUUAACGUCUCCUGCUUAAUCAUUGUGAACUGUAAGUUUGUGUUGCUGUAGCAUUUUUCAUCACACUGCUUAUCGUUUGUAGAUACAAUCAGUGUUCGAAACACCCCCACCGCCCAAACUAUAAUACUUGUUGAUUUUAUUUGUUGAUUGCUUGAUUGAGUGUUUGCAAGGGGGACCUAUUUAUGGGGAGCUUUGACACAUUUCAAACAAUGUAUAUAAUCUGCUUUUUGACCAUAUUUUAACAAUUUCUGUAUAACUAAUCUUAUUCUGUAUAAACAUUGCAAAUAUAAAAUAAAGAUAUAAAAGUUUUAACACC